AUGAAAAAUGAAGAAUUUUAUAGUGCUGAUGUAUAUAAUAUAGAAAACUUAAAUAACAUUUACUUUGAGAAGAAAUUAGAUUUGGAUGGUCAAUAUAAAUUUGAUUUAUCUUCAAUAUAAAUAAACAUUAAGACAAAUUUUAUAUAUGUUUUAGCCUAAAAGAAUUCAGCUAAAUCUCAAGAAAUCUAAAUUUAUAAAAUCAGUGAAAUUUGUUUGAAUUCCAUGUUUUUAAAAAUAGAUACUGUUGAAGCUGUUUAAUUUUCUACAACCAGUAAUUAUUUCAUCACUACAGAAGUAAUUGAUAAUCAGUAAAUCCUUAAAAAUUAUUACAUAAAUGGGGAUUACUUUAUAUAGUUUUAAAUUAAAUAAGAUUAUAAUUAAAUUGAGUAUUCCUAAAAAAUUAAUUUAAAUUUUUCAGUCACUAACAAUGCUUAGAUCAAGAUUAUAGAUAAUAGUCCAGCAUUUAUUAUUAAUAGAGGAAUUAAAAUGUUUAGAACCCUAGAAUCAGUAAAUUUAACUUAUCAUUCAGAUAAAGUUGAAAUUCAUUGUUUAAGUUUGAAUGAAUCAUGGUAUAGUGGUUAAGCUUUUGAAAUAAAUUAAAUUGAUGGACUUGAUAAAUUAAAAUAUCUUAAAACUCUAUUUUAAUAGGUAGAUAUCUUAGAAGUCAGUCCAAUAAUCAAAGAGUUUAAUGAUAAAACUAUCGUUUAGCUCUGGACUCAUAAAAUUAUAUUAUUUUCAAAGUCAGAUUUAUCUAAGAGUUUUGAAUAUUAAUUGGAUGAAACAUACACAUUUACAAAUAUAUUUUUUAUUGAAAAAGACCAUUUAUAUGUAGAAGCUUUGAUGGAUAAUUAAGUUUUUUUAAGAGUAAUUUAAUGUUAAAAAUAAAUUUGUGAAUUAUUGAAAGAAAAAUUAUAAUUACAAGAUCGACCUGAAAAAGCAUAUCUUCAUUAACAGAAUUUUUUUUAUAUAAAGAAUAGACAUAUCAAAGUUUUUGAUAUAAAUAACUAACCUUUAAAUGUUUCAUAAUUUUUAUUAUUUGAUGAAUUUUCUGUCAGUGAUCAAGCUUUAUUUGUAGAUAUGAUUCACAUAAAAGAUAAUUACUAUUAAUUUAUAUCUGCAACCCAUUAGGGAAAUGUUGAAUUUUAUACAAAAUAAAUUUCCAAAACUUAGUCAUAUAAUUUAAGUCAAACCUUUGAUAUUAAUUUUUAUUUAAAAAUGGAGAAUCUGUUUUUAAAACCCGAUUCUGUUUGUGUUGGAUUUUUUUUAACAGAAAGUUAAAUUAUUUUAAUAUUUUCUAAUACUGCAUCAUAUUCAUUUUUGUUUAUAAAUAAUUGUUCUACUGAUAAUACUUGUUUAGUUUAGCAAUUUGAAUUAUAUCGUAUUUUUUAAUAAUUUGGAUCUUGGAUGAUAUCUGAUUAAUAUCCAAUUGGUUAUUACUCAAACGAAAUUUUAUCUUUAAUUUUUAGGGCUGAAACUUAUUCAGAACUCUUUAUAUAUGAUCUAAAGAAUUACAAAAAAAAUAAAAAGGAACCAUACACUAUUAUUGCUCAUUUAACUGCUACUUAUAGUCCCAAGAAAUAAGGUUUCUAUCCUAUUUAGUCUUUUGUCUAUCAAUACGAUGAUUAAUUAUAUCUACUUUCAAAUGCAAAAAAUAAAAAUUCAUUAUACCUUUAUUUGUUAGAUCGAACUCCAUAGCUUUGUAUAAAUAGUAAGGAAGUAAAUCAAAUAGUCAAAUUUGCUUUAAGCAAUCCAUAUUCAACUACAUAAAUUAGCCUAAAAAUUUCCAUCAGUGAUGAUAAUCCUAAACCUCCAGAUCCUCCAACUCCUCCAGAUCCUCCAACUCCUCCAGAUCCUCCUUCUCCUCCAGAUCCUCCUACUCCACCGAUUCCUCCAACACCUGACGAUGAAGAAAAGAAAACUUUUCCUUUGUGGGCAAUUUUACUUAUCAUAGGUGGAGUAUGCGCACUUGCAGCAAUUCUUUUUUGUAUUUUUAGAUAUAAAUACAAGAGAAAUAUUAAAAACCAAUAACUUUUGGUAGAUUGAUUGAACAUUAAAAUAUAAAUAAAAUUACAAAAAUUUCC